CAUCUGCGCGCGCUCCGAGACAUGCAACACGCUGGGACUAGCUCACAUCUCGGGCAUGUGUUCUGCUCACCGCAGCUGCAGUGUCAACGAAGACACCGGACUAGCUGUCUCACUCACCAUAGCCCACGAGAUCGGGCACAACUGUGUUCGAUGACGUUUCAGUUUCGGAUGACGCAUGACGACAGAAUGCACGGAUGCACACCCAACCUGAACAAGUCGUUGCCCUACCAGUAUCUGAUGGCGCCGCAUUUAGAGUCGGAUUCCGUACCCGUGCUCUGGUCGAACUGCAGUCGUACCGACAUCACCAAGUUCCUAGACCAUGACUGGGGAAGCUGCCUGGAUGACGAACCCUCGGACCACGACUUUGAGUUUCCGGUCAUACCGCCGGGCGCGAUGUACGACAUUCGACACCAGUGUCGUCUGCUCUACGGAACCAAGGAUAGGGAAACUUCCGACAUAGACGUCUGCAUGAAGAUAGAGCAAGACGUCUGCGAGUCGCUGUGGUGCAGCGUUAACGACAAGUGCAUGACUAAGCUGAGCACGGCGGCGGCAGAGGGUACUCAGUGCGGCGACAAUAUGUGGUGCUUUGCCGGCAAGUGCGUGGAGAUAGGGGAGCGCCCGCAAGCGGUCAACGGCGACUGGGCGGAGUGGAGCGAGUGGUCAGCAUGCACGCGUACGUGCGGCGGCGGGUUGUCUGCCGCCAACCGCCACUGUGCCAACCCCCCGCCGUCAUUCGGUGGCAAAUACUGCAUAGGCGAGCGAAAGAGAUACAGGAUCUGCAAUACUGAAUCAUGCGACGUGGAUGACCCAUCCUUCCAUCAGGUGCAGUGCAGCGCCUAUGACAGCAUUCAGCACAAGGGAGUCUACCAGCAGUGGCAGGCCGUGGAGAUGUCUGUCAAUCCAGAAGACGUCGAUGCUAACAGCAAGGCGUGUGCGCUGCGGUGUAAGGGGCGUGGCAACUCUCCCACCGUCACCCUUAACGACACGAUGAUUGACGGCACGCCAUGCCGCCUCGGCAAGCGAGACAUUUGCAUCGACGGCAAAUGCAGACCGGUAGCAUGCGACUGGAACAUACUAUCGGAUGCACUGGAGGACAGAUGUGGCGUCUGCCAUGGUGAUGGAACGUCGUGUGAGACGGUUCUGACAUAUUUCAACCUCACCCGCGGCACAGGAUACAUCCUCGCUCACGUAGUGCCGGGCAAAGCUCGUAACCUGCGCGUAGAGGAGGUGACCGGUACGCACAACUACCUCGCCGUGAAGGAUGCACAGGGUAAUUUCCUGCUGAAUGGACACUGGUCGAUACAGUGGAGCAGCACAUACAAGAUGGCGGGCGUGGCGGUGCGAUACGAGAGGGCGCUGGAUGACAGAGAGACGCUGACUGCACCGGGGCCUCUCAUGGAGCCACUGUCCAUCUAUGUUCUAUACCACGAGGUAGAGAAUCUGACGCUCAGCUUUGAGUACACGCUGCCGAUAGAGAACGCCUCCAUCGUCAAGCGCAUCCCAGAGUUCUCCUGGAGCUACUCGGGAUGGACCGUGUGCAGUGCCACGUGUGGUGGAGGUAUACAGAUACAGAACCCCCAAUGCGUCGAAAAGAAGUCGGGGGUUGUAGAAGAUCACUUUUGCAACGCGAAGGUGGCGCCAUCGUCACUAGAGAGGAGCUGCAACCUUCAUCAGUGUCCCGCCAAGUGAGUACACGCGACGUAAGAGCGUGUCAGGAGUGUGCAAUAACGAAAGAGAUCCCGAAUAAAAUAUAUACAUUAUAUACAACUAAUAUUUCACUAGUUAGCACCGUGUCCACAUCUAUCCAUCUAUUACGUACGCCCAUACUCUCCCUUUUCACCUUUCCCUCCCGCGCUCUCUCUCAC